GAGGGAGUGGUCGGACCCAUUAAUAGCAAUUGUCACCAACUUUUCAAAAUUACUUUUACUUUAUUGACAAUUUCACUGAUUAGUGCUCAUAAAAUAUUAAGUUGUCUCAAUAAAUAGACAUUAAAAAUAAUGUGUUUAAAGGUGAUUAUAUUGUUAUCGGCAGUUGUGGUGUUGGCCACUGCCAGUCAUUACGGAGGUGGCGGACAUUCAAACAGCUUUAGAAAACAGGAUGAUCACGGAAACUAUGCAUUUGGUUACGAUAUAGUGGACCACAAGGGGGCCAAAAACUUUCGCAAAGAGUCGGGUGACGGUCACGGAAACAAAGUCGGAUCAUACGGUCUGCACGAUGUGGACGGACGCCUCAGAAUUGUUGAUUAUGUCGCUGAUGGUCAUGGUUUCCGAGCCAAGAUCAGAACCAAUGAACCGGGUACAACAAACAAGGACAGUGCAGCAGCAGUUUAUAAUGGACCCGAUCCUAAAGGAUAUAGUUCCUCUCACAUACCAUCCGGUAAAGUGCCUCCACAACCAAACUAUGGACCCGUGCCCUAUGCAUCAGCAGGACAUGGCUACGGUGCGUACACACCAGCUUUAGGCAAUGUUUACUCAGCACAGGGAGCUUAUUAUGGAGGACCUGACCAAUACUCACACGGUGAUUUUGGACCCGUAGGAGCUUACUCUCAUUCAGCGCCUGUAUUUAUGCCUUAUUUUGGAUACUAA